GAAUGUCAGUGGGGGGUGGCCGGUGGCAUUGUUGGUCGCUGCCAAAGCGAACCUAUCGAGUUUGAGUUUUCUUCACAAUCUCGCUACCCUGCUUGCCUGUUGCACAGCCUCCUUGUCUUCCAAUGCACGCCAUUAUCCCUGGGCUGGACCUACACAGUACAAGGUGGUUCCUCGUUCGACCACGUUGUCUCUCGAUCGCCCACAAAAUCCUUUCAAACAAGUCAUAUCCCACCCGCCGGUACGGGUCAACUCCUUCGUAACGGAGAGGUUGGCGGAUCCACAAACUUCCUUCGAGAAGGUGGAGAUGACGGUUGA